AUGCUUGAAGCAAUUUUACUUGCUGGGUGCACGACCUCUGAUAACCUGAGCAAUGUCUACCUAUUAUCCUUGCGGUAUACAAACAAUUCCGAGGCUGUAAAACCAGCGCAAGUGAGCACAUUGAUUCAAUCAACUGUCUACAAUAUUUCGCAGACAGGUUCUGGAUCGACAUUUGAGGUGCGUGCGGGGUAUAUGGGGCUCUGCAUUUCGCAGGGUGACGAGGGGCGCGUCUGUUCCAGCAGCGCAAAGACAUUGGCGAAUAUUGUCAAGGCCGAGAAGGCAAACAGUGCUACCGGCAAUAUGACGACGGAAACCACUCCCGAUCCGCUUAAUUUAAUUUUAAUUGCCGAGGAAUUCAGAACGAAAAUAGUGUUUGAUGGGCUACUAUAUAUUUCUGUUGUUCUUAUCUUUGCUUGUUUUCUACUUCUGUCAACAUUUCCCGGAUGGCACUCGGAGACACUUGACGGCGGGUCCGAGGUGGAAGUGAAGCCUUUUCCUUCCCGACCUGUCUCACAACUCGCUCUGGGUAUCAUAACCCUGUCGUUUGGGUUUCUUUUUGUCUCGGUAUUUUGGCAGCAUAUAAAUAGCAGCUCAACGGCUUCAAUGGCAGAGACGCUUACAUAUGGUGCCGUUUCGGGACACGUCGGGACGGCGGCGAUGGUGCUGGGAUGGUUUGCAGUCGGGCUUAUCGCCAGCGUCACCAUUGGUCUACUCAUUAUGAUCAUGAGCAUCUCUAUUCUUAGCAGAUUGACCGAUGAUGAUGAUAGCUCUGCGAGCUCAGAAAUUUCAGAUUAG